GGCAUUCCAACCGGAACUCCAUCAACAAACACAUUGAUUUGGAGCCAAUCUACCAUCCCCUGAGAAAAAGAACAGGAAAUGACAUCACCAACCCAAGGAAACCUAACCAGAUAAAUAGAAAGCGGGACAUAACACCAGUGCUUCGUUGAAGGCUCACUGAAGAUGUUACCUAGAAUGGUGACGAAACAUCUGAAAACUAACCUUCCAGCUCAGCAAGCAAACUCACAUCCAGAACCUCAACCUGAGCUACAAAUCUUCUCAAAACUCGCUCGUUCUUUUUAAAUUCAUUCAUGGGACAAAGGCAUCACUGGCUAGGCCAUCAUUUAGAGUCCAUCCUAAUUGUCCAGAAGACAGUUGAGAGUCAUCGACAUUGGUGUGGUUCUGGAGUCACAAGUCGGCCAGACCAAGUAGAGAUGGCAGUGAACCAGGUAGUAGUGUAACGGGCGAACAUGGCGGAAGCUCACCAGGCCGUCGCAUUUCAGUUCACGGUCACCCCAGAGGGCAUUGACCUCCGACUCAGCCAUAAUGCAUUGAAAGAGAUCUACCUCUCGGGCAUCAGGGCCUGGAAAAAGAAAUGCAUCAGGAUCAAGAACAAUUUUGCAAGUGGUGUCUACCCCGCUAGCCCAUCCAGCUGGCUUUUUGUGGUAUUGACCAUACUUGGUACCAUGUAUACAAGAGUCGAUCCCUCAAUGGGAAUGAUAGGCAAGCUUAAGGACCAUCUCCCUCUAAGACGAUUUAUGUCACACCAGGGUCAAAAUCUGGUGAGUGCACUGCUGUUUGCAACAGGACUAUGGCUGGCACUGAUUUUUGUGAUGCGACAGAUCCUCAAGUGCCUCCUCUCCUACCAUGGCUGGAUGUUUGAAGAGCAUGGCAAGGUGUCCACUACUACCAAAGUCUGGUUUACACUAGUGAAGAUCUUCUCGGGACGUAAACCAAUGUUAUACAGUUUCCAGAACUGCCUUCCACGUCUGCCUGUUCCAUCCGUAAAAGACACCCUGAGAAGGUUUUUGGAGUCGGUGAGGCCUUUGAUGAACGAUGAGGACUUCCGACGGACAAAGGCCUUGGCAAAAGACUUUGAACGGAACUUGGCGCCUCGGCUGCAGUGGUACCUUAAACUGAAGUCUUGGUGGGCUACCAACUAUGUGAGCGAUUGGUGGGAGCAGUAUGUCUACCUACAAGGUCGAGAGCCAAUCAUGGUUAACAGCAACUAUUAUGCCAUGGAUUUCUUGUAUGUGACACCAACAACAAGUCAAGCUGCGCGUGCUGGUAAUCUGGCCCAUGCUUUACUCCUUUACAGACGACGACUUACUAAUGAGGAAAUUCCACCGAGUACUCUGCCAGGGUUCCCAAUACCUCUGUGUUCAGCACAGUGGGAACGAAUGUUCAACACGACUCGACUGCCAGGCGAGGAGACAGACUUUAUACAACACCGUGUGGACAGUAAGCACAUUGUGGUCUAUCACAAGGGUCGUUAUUUUAAAGUUUGGGUAUAUCAAGGCGGGCGCCUUCUGAAUCCAUGUGAGCUACAGAUCCAAUUCCAGUACAUUUUGGAUGAGAAUUCUUCACCUCAGCCUGGGGAGAAGUAUCUGGCUGCAUUGACUGCAGGAAACAGAAUUCCCUGGGCUAAGGCUCGGAAAACAUACUUCAGCUCUGGGAAGAACAAGACUUCGCUGGAAAGUGUGGAGAAAGCAGCAUUUUUUGUCACUUUGGAUAAUACUAAAUAUGAUCUAUAUGUGGAUAACCAGGUGAAAUCACUGGAUGAAUAUGCCAAGUCACUGUUGCAUGGCAAGUGCUAUGACAGAUGGUUUGAUAAAUCAUUCACUUUCAUUGUGUUUGCAAAUGGCAAAGUGGGAUUAAAUGCAGAACAUUCCUGGGCUGAUGCACCAAUCAUUGGACAUCUAUGGGAGUAUGCAUUGGCCACAGAUACCUUCCAACUGGGAUAUGAUGAUGAUGGUAACUGUAAAGGCGAAGCAGAUACUACUCUAUUAUUGCCACAGAGACUGCAAUGGGACAUCCCAACGGAGUGCCAAGACGUGAUCAUGUAUUCUCUGAAGGUGGCGCAGAAGCUGGCUGAUGAUGUUGACUUCUAUGCAUUCCCCUUCACUAAGUUCGGCAAAGGUAUGAUUAAGAAGUGCCGAACCAGCCCUGACGCCUUCAUCCAGAUUGCACUGCAGCUUGCCAACUUCAGGGAUAAAGGUUCAUUCUGCUUAACCUAUGAAUCAUCAAUGACGCGACUGUUCCGUGAGGGGAGGACUGAGACUGUACGCUCGUGCACAGUUGAGUCAUCCAACUUUGUGACUUCCAUGGAGAGUGAGAAGUUUUCGGUUGAUGAGCGUCUAAACCUGUUCCGUAUUGCUGCCAAAAAUCACCAGCAUAUCAGCAGACUUGCCAUGACUGGAUGUGGUGUUGAUCGUCACCUCUUCUGCCUCUACGUGGUGUCCAAAUACCUUGGAGUCAACUCGCCAUUCCUUCAAGAGGUGCUUUCAGAACCAUGGUGUCUGUCAACAAGCCAAACACCCAUCCAGCAGAUUGAGUUAUUUGACCUUGUCAAUCAUCCAGAAUACAUCUCCAUUGGAGGUGGUUUUGGCCCAGUUGCAGAUGACGGUUAUGGUGUUUCUUACAUUAUUGUCGGAGAAAAUCUCAUCAACUUCCACAUCUCUUGCAAAGUCUCCAGCCCGUUAACGGACGCACAUCGUUUUGGUAAGCACAUCAUACAAGCGAUGUCUGACAUCCUCGCACUGUUCAACCUGGACGCAAGAAAGCCCUAAAUGUAGUCAUUCUACCUGCCUGACACAACAAGAGGGAGGGGAAGAAAAACACUGAGGGUUCCCGCACACCGAAGAUUGCUUGAACAGUCUGUUCUGCUAAAGGACUUGGCGUGUGUAUGCACUGUUUUUUUUGUCAACUUGCGUUAUUUAUUCAUUUGUGUCAAGGGGGCUGAUUUUAAAUUAAAAGUGAAAAAAGCAACAACAAUGCAAAAGAAAGAGAUUUACCGUUGAACUCUGGUGUGCAGAGAAGACAGGGCCUGAACUUAACAUUAUCUAUUAAAGUGCUGUUUUCCCUAUAAAAGAUUAAGCUAUAAUAUUUCAUUUUUCUAGUCAUUCUCAGUUACCCUGCAUGAGUUGCACCGUGUGUUCUACUUGUGUGUUGCACAUAUACAUAUCCUUAAAGUUGGGAUAUACAGUAGAACAGUGAACUUUUAAACCUCACUUGGAGACUCUGGGAAUACUAGCAUAAGAACAAUUAGCAAAAUGGGAGCGAUUCACCCACUAUAGCUUGGGAAGGAAAGUUUGAUACUAUUCCAGAAUGAUUCACUUCCCAGGUCUGUAAAUGCAGCAUUGAGUGGAGUGGUGAAAGAUCUAAAAAUAUAAUUUGCUGCAGCUUUCUGUUUGGCUUGAGGGCAUCAGUUGUGUUGUACAUCAAAAUAUGUGAUCAUUCUGCAUGCUUUAGAUCAUUAUGGAGGAAGAACUAUUCUAAUCGAAGAGAAAAAAGUUCUACUUUUCUUUGCAGCCCUAUAUCCCUUGACCCUAAUUGCACAGAGCUUUCAAAAUUAGAUAGAGGACUGUAGGAGCGCAGAAUAUCCAGAUAUCUUUACUGGACACAACAGUGUAUUUCCUUAAAAGCUUAAUUUUUAAAUCUGGGUACAAUCAAUACCCAAAACAUAGUAUAAUUUCUGGAGACAGCAUUACUUUUCCACCCAAUGCUACUGUAGUACUGUGUUUAUUGUAAAGUUAGUGGCACCUUUGGAUUAGUGAGCUAUAUCUAACAAUGAACAAUUGAUUACAAUGGGCAGCAACAAGGGAAAGGGGCAUAAAUUUAAAGAGAGCACUUGGAAAUGAUUGCACUUGCCUGAGAGAGAGAUUUCUGUUCCAUUUAGUGAGAAUUGAAUCUGAUUGUGGUGUCUAGCAAUGAAAUGAUAGUUCUCUUCUCCAAAUCAUUACUAAAAUCUAAAUUCUGUUAAUUCCUCUCCAGGAAGAGGCAGAAGAAGCAAUUUGAAUAUAAAACAGUUCAGUUGUUUCACUGUUACCACCAACCAUCAAGCACACUCAUUUGAUAUUUACUCUGAGAAACAGAAAGCUGCAUCAAAACUCAUUACUGUUGAGAAAGAUUUAACAUCCCAUCUAUAGUUAUUCAUCCAUAUUAAGCCUCCUUAUCUUUUUAAAAUAUUUUGAAUUUUCUCUGGUUUGAGGUUAGCCUGUGUUUAAACAUAAUCUUCUGAAGAUUGAAAAAGACAUUCUCCCCAUUUUUAAAUCAUUUUGAUAUUGGGCAAUUGCCUUGUUUUUAAAACUGUUAAAUUCACGCUCUGUCUGUUGAAGCUGGUGCCUUUAAAUGCAGUUAUUAAAUAUAGAAUUGAUUUGUUUUCAUUAGACUGGACUUCUGGUUAGCCAGCUAUGGUUCCAGGUUAUGGCCAUCCCUCAUUUUCACAGCAUCUGUGCGGAUGUAAAUUUGGAAAACGAGAUGGAAGCAAGUUCUUCCCAUCGACUACACUUGAAGUAAAAUUCACUGGGAACUAAAUAAAAGUGUGGCAGUGGAAAAGGGGAUGGAGAGUCUGGAGGUCCUGAAUUGAACAAAAAGCAGCUGUUAAAAUGAAUCUGAUUAUCUUUAUGGUUAAGUGGGGAUUCUCGGAAUUGAGUGCACGGUGAGCAAAUCUUAUUACAAAACGCAGCAAAUCUGUAACUAUAUUUGGGAAGAUUGCAACUAUUCUCCAUUUUAACCAAAUUGUGAAUGUGAUGUUUAAUUGAUGUACUAUGAUUACUACCUGCUAAAAUCAGAGGGUUUCAGCUCCACCCUUUACACCCACCUCACUUUAUAAUAGUGAUGCUCAAAUGUCACUUCAAAAUUGUUCAUCCUGACCCUGCAAGCCACUUUUUUUGGCAAUCGUUCUGCCCUCACCUCUGCAGAGCUAAUGGUAUCACAGCCAAAUCUGGACUAAGACAUUUAGUAGCCUGUUUGUGAAUAACUGGCUAACCAGAAGCAAGAGGAUGGAUUUAGAUCCAUGGUAUUUAUAAUGUAUUUGUAUAUAUUCUAUUAAACUAACAAUUCCAUGAAGCUAUUACUGCGACACACUAAGACUGUCUGGUAGGACAGCAACACGAAACCAAAAGGGAGGAGGUGGAAGCUGGGAAUCUUGAACACUAGAAACAGGUUAAAACAGAUGGAAUUAAGUAGUGAUUUAACGACGAUUAAAUGACAAUCGCACUUAAAAUGACUCACUGUGACAAUUACAAAACUUUGAUCAAAGCUAAUAAAAUACAAAACUGAGAUCUUGGGUCUCAGUAGGGAUUUAAAAUACCCCUUUUAUAUAUGAAAGGAAAUAAGUGAGAAGGAUUUGUUUUGACAAGGAUUAUUUCCUACUGUCUCUCUCUCUUUGUCUUUAAGAAAUAUAUAAUACCCCCCCUUGCAAAUCAUUUUAUGAAUGCUAUUUAAUUGGUAUUUAACAGUGCAAUCAAAUCUUACCUGUCCUGAGCACAUCGGGUCACAUAAACAGUAGUUCUGGAAAAGCUGAGCAAGUCUGGCAGCAUCUGAACAGAAAAAAAAUCAGAGUUAAUGUCUCUGGUCCAGUGACCCUUCCUGAGUUAUUCUAAGGAAGGGUCACCGGACCCGAAACAUUAACUCUGGUUUUUCUUUCUUGACAGAUGUUGCCAGACCUGCUAAGCUUUUCCAGCAACUUCUAUUUUUGUUCCUGAUUUAUGGCAUCUGCAGUUCUUUCAGAUUUUUAACAGGGGUUACAACACUGCUUAGGCAGUGUGAUAGACGACGGCAUUGUGUUCAAGAUUCCUCAUGAUUUGCCAGUUUCAACAUAACACAUGGAGGCAUGUGUUGCUGGUAAUUACUAAACCCCAUGGUCCUGUUGUCAGGACGCUCACAUUAAGGGCUAUUUAUCAGGUUGUUGUGUAUGUUUAAUGUUAGCAGCUGAUUAUGUACAAAGGCUGCCUCUGGGAAAUCCUCAUUUUGCACAGCAUGAGAACUGGGGACAAAAACUUAGCUUAGGUUUGGUGUGAGCAAAUUACAGAAGGCCAUCCCAUAAGUCAGAGAAUCUGAUAUCAGUGGUGGUAUUUUUCAAUUUUGUUCAGUUAGAUUUUGACAGUGCUGACUUGUUCUGAUGCAUGUCCCAUAGGGAAAUCAGUUAUCAGACUUUAUCUGGUUAUACCAGUGUUCAUAGUCAACUUAUACACAAUUGAUCUGUUUUAGCAACAGUGAUAUAGUUUGAUUUAAAGCUGCACAUUCCAGAUAUUAUGGCGAGAAGCGAACCAAAAUUAAACCACACCUCAUGAUUUGCAUUUUCAGGGUAUUCUGGUCCGACCUUUGCCAAAAUAAGAUAGGAUCAUUUUGGAUUAUGAUUAAACAAUUAGCUGUUCCUGGCAUGGGGUUGAAGGUUGUGUGGUGGAUGUAAGGACCAAGUUUGAGAUCAAUUGCAGAAGAUUCCUGAUGAAAUACCAAAGAGCAACAUGACCAAAGAACCACAUAAUGUAACUACAGUUUUCAAUCUCACAAGCAUUUAUUUACUUCCACUGCAUUUAUGGAAUGAAUUUUUUGUCACAUUUCUGGCAUUUUUAAAAUUAAUAUUUUACUGUUUUAGAUUUUGCCCUUAAUCGUUACAGCUCUUAGCCUUUAGUGUAACAGCCUAACCAAAUGGAUUACAUUUAAGUUAGAGUUUUGGCCCUGUUUCAAAUUUGUACCUUUUCCCCAAAGCAAAGAAAAGGAUAAAGGUGAGCAACUUAAGGGUUACAUUCAGGAGUCCACAGUGGACGUACUUGAGAAAGGGGUAUCAAGUUACCACAAUAAGGUGUGUUCACUGGUGCCGUGUACAGCAUUCAAGUACCAUUCCAGCACAGUGGGCUGUGUGGACUUCACAGUUUGAGAUUUCUGUCCCUCCUCCAUAAGAAAGGAAAUGUAAUCACCAGGAAGAAAGCAUGGUGAUUAAUUACAAAGACCUCCACUAGCAAUUUCAUCAGAGCUGCUUCUGAUUUGGUUGCAGUUUUUUUCAUUAGAAAUGCUGGUGUGAUCCUGCAAAGUGGUCUCUGUCAAGGCUGGAGCUUUGGAACAAUAUAGAGUUCCAACAUUCCUGCUGGGAGGCUUGGGGAAGGCAAGGAAGAAUAAAAUCCACAGAACCUCACUGGUCUGCUUCAGUGGUGGUGUGAAUUUGCAUUUUUCAGAUGUAGAGUAGAAUCAAUCAGCUCAUGCUCUGUUGGAAAGAUUUGCUAUUUAGUUGAUAGACACAUAGGUUCCCAGUUACUUGAAGCUUACUGUGGGCACAGAUAAUGUGGGAGAGUUUAAUGGAUCCCCAGAAAGACCUAUUCUGAGAGGAAGGUGGAUUCUCAUUAUACCAAUUCAGAACACUGACUAUGGAGUUGCAGCGCCUGUCUCAUUGUUCCUGUCUGAGUGGAGUUUAAAACCGAAGUCUCUACCCAGUUGCAGGGACUCCCAGUGUGGAGAAACUGCACGUUUGCUAACUUGACAGACAGCCUAGCACUCUUGAUAACUUCAAAUUUGUUUAAGUUAAAGCCGCUGCUACUCCCAGGGAUGAAAAGCUAUUUGAAAAUAUCCUGUAUCAAGGCUGAGCUGUUGGGAUUAAUUCUGUUACAGAUGGUCCUGAAACCCUGCAGAAUUAGCUGAUCUCAGCAAGGGUUGCAGAACAAGAGUGAACAGUCAGUGCACCAGGAGGGGGAAAAAAUCCAUUGAUUUCAUCCUAUCACUGCUGCUGGAGCAUGCUAAUGACCUUGUGUGUGCAUGUGUCUCUGUGGUCCUUAUGAUCAGACUGAGCUGUGAUUAUCUUUAAGAUUGAGAAGUUUGUUGCUACUCAUUGUCUUGGCACAUGCAUAUGAAAGGGGCACUGGAAAACAUCGGAUUCUCAGCAAGUAGUUGGUGUUCUUUGUGAAGAAGAGGUCUUGAGCUUCUUUGGCAUCUUCAUCCUUUUCAAUCAAUGAGCUUUGAAAGGCUGCAGAAUAUUGCCUCAAUCCUGUAUGCCCCACUUUUUGUGUUCUCUUAAUUCAUUGUCACCGCAUAGAGCGGUGAAUAAUAAUUUGCCAAUCUAUGUAUGAUCGAAUGUGGUAUAAUCCCCUGAAUGUAAUCCAUUCUUUCAAAACUAUCAAGUUUAAAUCCAACUUCCAAACCUGUAGCUGCCUAUUUUUCUGUUUGACAUAUUCAUAAAACUCAAAAGUAUGUAUUAGGACUUUGCCCAUAUUAAGAAUCCAGUAUGUAAUAUCUUUAGAGAGACAAAUUCCUAGUUGGCAAGGGGAUUUAAGGAUUUAAAUCUGACUGUGCUUGAAAUGCUGCUGUUUGAGUAGCCUUCUACCUAGCAGAUGCUGUUGUGGUUCAUGUCUUCUGCUGUCCACUUGCAUGUUUAUUGCUGUGCUGUGAAUUAAACCUCACUGCAAUUUCCAGCUGUCUUUAUGUAGGAAUAAAGUGGGAACAACAGUGAGUGCAGAAUUUUCCUGUCGAGUACAUUUCGAAAUGAACAUUUUUUAACAUUAAUGCAGCGGAACAUGUACAGGAACAAGCAGCACGUAUAUGAACACAUAGUCAGCCUUGUUAGUGCUGCAGUCAUACAAAACUAAUGUUAAAUAUUGUGCACAGAACCCACUUGUUUUGUGUGGGAACGGGUAUCUCUCUCCACUUGGUGCUCUCGUUUUCUGUGUCAUAAGAUUUUUGUCUCAUGUCAAACCGUAUUUGUUGCAUUAUCGGUUGUUUUUAUUCUUUCAAUUCUUUUGACUUCUGUUUUUGUAAAUGUCUAUGCAGGUAUCAAUGCAAUCAGUAAGGGACACUCAGAAGUAAAAUGCCAGUUGCCUGAAA